AUGUUUAUCAUUUCGUGUAUUAUUUUAACUUGUUUUCAAUCGAUCGUAAAUGCCAAUAAACCCGUAAUUGUGCAUACAAAUUAUGGUGAUGUAGAAGGUUAUGAGACAGAUUUGGCUCGUGUUUUUUAUGGUAUUCCUUAUGCUCAGCCACCUGUUGAUACAUUGAGAUGGAAACAUCCAGUGCCCAUUCCUAAAUGGGCUCCUAAAGUGAUUAAUGCUACUCAACCAGCUCCUGCUUGUCCUCAACCUCCAUGUAGUUUACCAUCUAUAUUAUGUCCAAAAAUUAUGUCUGAAGAUUGCUUGUAUUUAAAUAUAAUUACACCGUUAUCAAAUGAUUCUUCUUUAUUACCCGUUAUGCUUUAUAUAGCAGGUGGAAACUUUCAAUUUUUGGAUGCAUCAAUACCAGUGUAUGAACCUCAACAUUUUGUUAAUCAGACGAAUGUUAUAUGUGUGCUUAUUCAAUAUCGACUUGGUGUACUUGGUUUUUAUGCAACUGGAUCCGGACCGAAUGAUAUAAAUGGCAAUUAUGGUAUUCUUGAUCAACGUAUAGCAAUUGCAUGGGUCAAAGCUAAUAUCAAAGCAUUUGGUGGAAAUCCAAAUCAGAUAACUAUGUAUGGAGAAAGUGCUGGAGCUCAAUCAACAGCUUUACAUUAUAUCACUCCUGAAAUGCAAUCAUUUUUUCAAGCUGCCAUCAUUCAAAGUGCUCCAAUGUCAAUACCUUUUAGAACCUAUGCCGAAUAUGUCACACCUGGUGUACUCCUCGGUGAACAACUCAAUUGUAGUUACAGAAAUAUCUCCUGUUUUCGUGCCGCUUCUUAUCAACAAAUAGUUGCUGCUCAAAAAGUCGUCAAUACAAUGUUAACAUCAUUAAAUAUUUUACUUUUCUUUGAACCAUGGGUACCUGUUAUUGAUAAUUCAGUUGUAUAUGGACAAGUUAUUGAUAUUAUUCAAAAUGUAUCAUUUCCAUUAAAACCACUUAUUAUUGGUACAUUAACUGAAGAAGCUGUACUUUAUAUUUAUGAAGGCUGGCACAAACCAGUCUAUCCUAAACAGUAUACAGAAAUUCUUCUUACUACAUUUAAUCGACAUGCUUUAAAAGUUCUCGAACGUUUUCCACCUGAAGGAACAGGCGAUCAGCGUCUACUUCUUGCUGAUGUUGGUACUCGUUGGGUAUUUGCUUGUUCAACUCGUGUAUUUGCUCGUAAAGCAGCUACAUAUACAUAUGUUUUUGGAUAUCCUCUUGAUUUUGACGGUUGGGAUAAUUUAACAUUUUGCAUUGGUCAUGUCUGUCAUGGUAGUGAAUUACCAUAUGUAUUUGAAUCAGGUUGGGUCAAUUUUACUGAUGCAGGUCGAAUAUUAGCAACAAAUUUAGUAACUUAUUGGACUAAUUUUGGUAAAACACAUGAUCCUAAUCAACCAGUAACACCAUCAUUGUUAUGGCCAAAAUCAUCAAUAGGUAAUGAGCAAUAUAUGUAUUUUCAGAAUCCAUUGCAAGUAGAAGAAAAUUAUUUAAAAGACGAUUGUGACUUUUUUGAUAAGAUUGGUUAUAAAUAUUAUUAUCAAUAG